AGCUUAGAUUUUUCACUAAAUGUCUUAAUCAUUGGGGAAAAUGAAAUUUUUCAGUUUUCUUAAAACCCACCAUUCGGUGGUUAUCAUAGGUCGCACGCGCAUCUCCCGCCUGUUUUGAGAACUGUCCUUGAGCGUUCCUGUAAUGUGCUUGAUCUAGGUUAUCUUAUCAUACUACCAGCUUUAUUGUUGAUGGAUAAUUCUCAGGUUUACAGUGACGAUGUUGUAAACAUUGCAAAUUCUCUGUUGAAUGAUUUGAAGAAUAGCUAUCAAACUUGGGAAGACCUUGUAUCAAAAUGUGGGAAAUUUCACUCAGCUUUAAAGGCUGCGACGCAGGCGUCAUCUGCCUUCCUUGAUGCUUUUCAGAAAGUAGCCGACUUAGCUACAAAGACCUAUGGUGGUAGUAAAGAAAUUGGUGCUUGUCUAACUCGAUAUUGUAUGCGUCAGAAAAGUCUUGAAUCUAAAGUGAAGUCCAUGAGCAAUCAUUUGGUUACCAGCCUUGCCAACCCCCUCAGUUCAAAGGUAGAUGAAUGGCGGCGUAACUUGUAUCAGUUGGAAAAAGACAGAACUCGUCAAACAAAAAGAGUCCGUGCGGAAUUAAAGAAAGCUCUGGCUGAAGCACAAAAGUGGGAGAAAAAAGCUGCUAAAAUUGGCAUUAUUGGCAGUGGUGGUGUUGGACCUGGUGUGGGCCAUGGUAUUAUACCUUCAUCAAAUCUUGCGUGUUCCAAUUCUGAGUCAAAUGCCAUAAACGUGCAGGCUGCGAAAGCUGCACGGGAGGUCGGAAUUAAGAAGGAGCUAGUUGAAAACACUGAAAAAUCUGCUAUUCGCCUGUUGCUGCUUGAAGAACGAAGUCGGUUCUGUUUCUUUGUUUCCUGUCUUCUUCCAAUCCUCGAGUGCCAAUCAAGUAUGUUAAACGAAAUAGCCACCAUGGAUGAACUUAUUCGAGCACUAACAAAGGAAACUGAAUACCCAAAUCAGUUGGUUGAAGAUGUUGAGUCGAUUGUGUUGAGAAUGGGACGACGUGAUAUCUCAGUUUCUUCUCGAGGGAGUAAUAAAACUAUGUCAUUGUUUGUAUCUGACUCUGGAGAUAAAACGAGUACUAGUAAUGAGGUUUUGGGUGCCUUAUACAUGACUAAUGGUAAUCGAAGUUGUGUUACUUCAAGUGAUACGGAAUCUGGUCGUCAUGGUGCUGAUAUGAUGUUACCAUUUCAACUUCGUCGAGAUACCAAUUCAGUUGGGCGGUGCAACUCUGUAUGUGACAGUGGAGAUAUUUCACUAUGUGGAACAAGUUCACAUAGCGGAAGUGGUGGAAGUAAUUGUCCGUCUCUUUUAUCUCCUGUCCGUCACAAUAUCGCUCGUUUGGGUAGUCGUGAGUCAAGCCUUAUGUCCGUGGAUAGUGCAGCUUCUGGAAGUGGAAAUGCAAAUCCCUCAUAUUCUAUUGGAAUAUCAAAUACAAACGUGAUGCAUUCUGAUUCCGAGGAGAAUCAGUUCAAAACUUUGUGUAGACCAGGUCAUUGUCGUGCUGCAAGCAAUGGAGAUAGUGAUUUUCCAAAACAUGUAAAAAAUGGUUUCCGUUAUGACAGAGCAGAUUGUAUGAUAGCGAAAUCAAUGAUUGCUUUUAAUCCGCAAACUGAAAUACCUGAAAGUAUAACUACGAAUGGUAAGAGUUGUCCAGUGAAUAAUGAUGCAGAACAUAAAAUGAAGAAUGAAGAUGUAAUCGAAACUCACUCUUGUCUGGAUCAUGAUGACAGUAAUGGUGGUGGCAGUGAUGACGAUGCGGAGGAGGAGGAGGAAGAUGAUGGCAAUGCCGGUGGGGAAGAUGGAGGAGAAUAUGUCGAAGUUGUCGGUAAAACGACGCAUUUACCUGACGAAUCCACAUCUGUCUUGUCGAGUAAUUUGAGUCAGCAGUACUCAUUGGAUAAUUAUACACCUAAUACAAGUGGUCCUGGGGGUGGUGGUAGUGGCGAUCCUUCAGUACCAAGCAAUGGACGGCAUACAAUUAGUUCUGCAUACGAACGUGGAUGUCAUGCGCCUACACGUGCUUCUAUAACUGCUUUGUCUUUCAAUCCACCUGUUGGAAAAGCUUCAUCUAAGGACAGUGGUGUCGACUCGUCAGCUGUACUCUAUCCAAAACAAGCUGUACCGCCACCAGUCUAUACAAAUCUUACCCAACUGACGCAUGCAGCUCAACGGAAAUUCUCUAUGUCACAAUUGCCUAUUGUUCAUUCUUAUGAAAAUGUUGACAACACCUUGGAAAGACUUCAAUAUGUUAAAAGUGAUCUAAAGACUAAUUGUCAUCAUUUCCCGCAUCAGCUAGCGCAUCCUAAUUCUACUCCAACAAGUACAUCACAAAAUCAAGUUAUGCAUAGUGGUCAACAACAAAUUAAUAAUGCUACUACUGCUACACCUACUAGUAACAAUAAUGGUAAUUGGUCAGUUACAGGUAGUCUGAAUAAACUUAAUCUGAAUGAUUCUGAAUUAAGUCAAUCACGUGGUGAAGAGAAAUAUGCUAAUCCGUCGGGCUUACUACUACAAUCUAAAGUGGAUAAAUUGUCCAGUAAUACUAGCCUAUCUAGUUCAUGUUUUAGUUCAAAGCACCAAUUGGAUGGUGUUUCAAUCUCUGGGAGUACUUCAGUUGCUUCUGGGGCUGUUGGUAAUAUGUCGUCUUGUCAUCAAACAAAUGGAGCAGAUCCAUUCAGUAUGGAAAUGGAAGAACUUGAUCAAAUGCUACCAGAGUCUAGUUCAGUAGACUAUAGUAGUACAAUAAAUAAAAUCGUCUCUAAAUAUGUACAUGAUCAUUUAGUUCAGAGUACAACAAUGCCGAAUUAUUGUCUAUUGCCAAGGGCAUUAACAUCAGCUAGUCAACGAAAUCGUGCUAAUUAUUGUAAUUCUAUGAAUAAGACAGGAUUAUCUAAUCGUGUUUUAUGCAAACCAGGAGGAAACAGUUUUGACAGUUGUUGUACACUAAAUGAAAUUGAAGAUGAUGAUCGUAUUCAUCAUAGUGACUAUAGUAAUAACAAUAAUAAUGACAGUAAUAAUAAUAAUGUGUCAUAUGUGAAUUCAACUUGUGCCCAACGAAGUGAUUUCUUCACACCUCAAUCAUUCUUUUCUCAAAGAUUACUAUCUAACGAUGGUCUGACAAACACCAGUAGAUAUUCUCUGUGUAAUUCUCUCUCAGUUUGUCCUGCCUCAUCGGAAUCCAGUGUCAAAGAAAUGUCAGUAAAUCUGAUUGAUCAACAGUCAGUGAAUAAUACUUGUAUGCCACAUCAUUAUUCAGCGAUGAAUUCGCCGUGUUUUACUAACAAUCAACCUGUGCCUCCAUCACCGAGUCUGUCACCACCGCCGAUACAACCGAAACCUUUACAUUUAAAGCAUAUGCAAGCGUUAAGUCAGUAUAAUUUAAACAAAAAGUCAACCUGUCUAAUGCGUCCUUGUCCACCGCCAAGAAAAUGUAGUGUUUUAAGCUCACAAGAUUGUUUAAUGACAUCCGGUGUUAGUAUGCCGUGUGGUUUAAAUACUCCUGAUCUAUCUGUGUAUGAAGGAAUUAAUAAUAAGUAUUGUCAGGGGAAUAAUUUCUAUGAAGGGUCGAGCCGCGGUUCAUCUCUUACAAUGGCCAGUUCAACUACUAAUGACUCCUUGCCUAGUUCAAAUGGCAGUCCAGCACUAGUCAGCUAUCAUGCCAAUGCUAGACGAUCAGUCCCGUCGAAUCCACCGUAUUCUCAGAGUUCUUUAGUCAAUGAACAGUUGUUAGAGAAUAAAUUACACUAUGCAACUCCUGUGAUUCCAAACUCCUCUCAAUGCUCCUCUGCCAGUCAAGUGUCUAGUCUUAUAAGACAGUCUACAAUGGUCAGUAAUCAAGUCUGUAUUAAUAAUCAAGCCCACUCGUCUAUUGGCUAUGAAGCAGCGAAAAAUCUCCCCCUUGCAAAUUCAUCGCCACUGCCGCCUGCUCCACCUCCUCCACCACCACCACCACCAUUACCGGUAUUCUCAAUAGCAUCAUCAACAAUCUUAGCAUCGUCAUCUUAUUCACCGAUUGAAGUUAAUCCUACGAACUCACCGUGUUACAAUGUUAAAUCGAGUACAGCUGAUUCAGUCUCUGUUGAAACAGCCAAUCUCAUGUCUGAAUUAUCCUCUCAAUUAGCCCAACUUGCUGCACGUACAAAUGACAUCCACUAUUCACCGGCAAAAACAAAUCGUAUUAGUACGGUGAAUAAUGAAAGUGAUAAAGAAUAUGUAAGAUAUGAUGAAUUCGACUUACCGCCCCCACCGCCAUCAUCAAUGUUCAAUGAUGAAUUGUGUUACACUGGUCCAAUAAAACAAAACUACCCUUUAAGUAAUAGUCAACAGCAGCUAACCGAUGUGACAGCGGCAAUGACAGCAAUGACACCGUCGACUACUACUACUACUGGUACUGUUACUCCUGUUGUUGCAUCUGGUGCUGCGACCGGCGCCACGACAGAUGAUCAGGAAGAAGAGCAGUCAAGUGAAAAUUUAUCCCCAUUUCUGUUAGCGCUUAAACAAAGUGUAAAGCAACGAGCCAAUCGUUUAGCUAAUCAAAACUCAAUAGUUAACUGACCUAGAAAAUAAAGUUUAAUGCUAAUCUGUUUAAAUUAUUGUUGAUUAUGUUUUUUAAUACGAUGAAUAGGCUGAUGAAUGAAUUUUUAGAUUAUAUUGUUGAUUAUCUAGAUGCGUAUGUAUGUGUGUGUGUGUGUGUUUAUGUACGGUGCACAUGAGAAACUCUAUAAGAUGAUAGUAAUCAAAUAGAUGUUGAAUUAUAUACACUAUUGCAUUAUAGACACAUUUUUGUUUUCACAAUGAAUAAAUUCUUUGAUAGUGUUUUUUUUUAAAUUUUCUAAAAUAAAAAAUUGUAUUCUUUCUUUUACGUUAACUGCCCCUAGUAGUAUUUAUUUAUGACAAAUUUUGUCGACUCAAUGUGACCGGCUGGACUUAUCUUGAGUUAACACUUGUUGUCGUGUGACUUGUCUUCCUUCUUAGCCUUUCUUUACUCAUCAUCAGGAUCAACGAUUAUUAUCAUUCUUUAUUCACCAAUUACUGUCAUCAUUUUUCCUAUCCAUGGUCAUUUUUCUUCGCCUGGAGUGCAGGGGGUUUUCUGUUACGACGAUGGCUUAAAAUAUGAAUUUAGAACGCGUCUGUUGUGUGUGCUUCUUGUUGACAUAUAUCUACUGUAUUGUUGUUUGAGGUUGAUUUUCUCUCUCAAUUUCUCACAUCUGUUCCACUAUAUCUUCUUCGUCUUGUAAUUGAUAACUCCGCCCAGUUAUAUUUGUAAAUAAAUAAUGAAAUAAACGAAAUUAUCAACUUUUCUUGGAUAUUUAGACUUUUGGAAGUCUUCUCUCGUCAUCGUCAUCCUUUUAGUCCUUGUUCCGUUACUACUACUACUACUGCUGCUGCUGCUAGUGUUAUUACGUAAUGUUAUAUGGUCUUAUACUACAUAACCCUUAUGAUAUAACAUUUUUCUGUUUACUAUUUCACUUAAGCACUAUUAUUCAUGUUUGUUUACAUAGAAAACGGUGUUUUUUGCUAGUUGGUAGUGGUCGUACAGUCGGUGUUCUUUUCUAAUUUUAUUAUGUAUUUUAUUUGUCUAUCUGUUUGUUCAACUUUUGACCUGUUAAAGACAAUGGAUAUCUCAAGGUAUGUUUCAACUCAAAACAUCUCUCUCACUCUCUCUUCUGUCACCUGUAUGUACCUCUGUUUACAUUUUUUUUUAAAAACCUAACAAAUGCAUAUGUAUGUGGGAAGUGGUCAUCGAAUUGUGUAUUACAUUAACACACAUUUAUGUAAAUUAUGUGUCAUGUGAUCACAUACAAACACACACACACAAAACAAUGGUGCUAAGUCCUCUUGGCAUACUUGAAUAUUUUUGGUGUCAUUAUUUGUUUAUUUAUUAUUCAUUUUUUCUCCUGUUCUCUUCGAGCAUAGUACGUUUUUAUUUUCAUCAAGGGGAAAGUAGGCAAGAAGAAAUGUCUUUUAAGUAAUAUAUACAUGCAUACAUAUAUCCGUAUUCAUUCAUGUAUUGUUUCCGUUGCGUGUUUUUCAUUUCCUCAUACGGAUGUUCAACCGACGCAUCGACACACGUACAGACACACGAAUAUGCGCCUGUCUUCUCUUUGUCUGACAUAAAUUUCAUCGUGCUUAAACUUGCAUUGUAUUUAACAUUAGCACUAAUGUUCCCCUAUUAUUAUUAUGGGAUUUAAAUCGUCUACAGGGAUGGGGGCAGUAUUAUUAAUGGUAUGUUACUCUAUAUUAUUAUUAUUAUUCGUCUUUUCUUUGUCUACUUAACUCUAUAUUCAUUGGUAUGUAUGUACGUGUGGCUUUCGUAUUAAUUCUAUACUAUUAAAUCAAGUCUAAGAAUAACAAGGAUUAUUAGUAUUAUUAUUAUUACUAUCAUUGAAACUUUAUAAUGUUAUGCAGUGAAUUGUCCGCCCGGCUCCAGAUCCUUCUUCAUCAUCCUAUAUCAUAUAUGCAUCCUUUCGUAUUGUGGAUCUUCCUUUGGAUGUGUGUUUGUGAGUGCUUGUUGAACACACGUGUAUCUGAGUGGGUAGACAACAAAAGGGUACGCUAUCUUACUUCACCUUUACCUUUUUACCCAUUGUCGAACACUUGAGUUUUAUACCUUUAACCUGGUGUUCAUUUAAUGUAUUUUAUAUACAUAUACAAGAUGUUAAUACUAUGAUGAUGUUUGACACAUAAAACAAACAAUAACAAAACAAAUAAAUUGCAUUUUAUUCAUUAUGAUAAACACAUAAAUAAAUAAAAAUAAAUAAACAAUCUCUUG